GGCCACUGUAGCUCGCUUUAUAAAUUAGAAGAUGCAAAGAGCAAAACACACCACCAGCAUAAAAGCCAAUAUGGCAAAUUGCAGAGAGCAUCGUAUUUUUCCAUAAGACACUGUCUGUGGUUGGAACCGCCCUUGUCCUGUCCCCUUUGUUGCUGCCUGCCUUUCUCCUCUUCCUUCACCCCCCGCCCAGCCCCACCACCACUCCCCCCUCUGUCAGGGUGAGAUCAUCCACCUCCAUAAAACUCGGCAAAGCCUUUCUCUCUCUGUCUCUCUUUCUCUCUCUCUCUCCCCUUCUAUCCCAACAAAAUGCUUUGCAGAAGAGCAGGAGCUGCCAUGGCCAGAACUGGGUUGAGGACCCUUUUCGGCAACAAUGCUCCGGUUAUUCCUCGGACUUGUGGCGCCAUCGACCGGAGAUUCUGCAGUCGUCCUGAAAGAACACUCGAGGGCAAGAUAGCCUUGAUCACCGGAGCAGCCAGCGGAAUCGGGAAGGCGACUGCAGCCAAGUUCAUUGCCAAUGGUGCCAAGGUUGUGAUCGCUGACGUCAACCACGAGUUGGGCCAGGAAGCAGCCGAGGAGCUCGGUCCUGAUGCCCGCUUCACACCCUGUGACGUCAGCAAGGAGCUGGACGUGUCGAAUGCGGUCGACUUCACCGUCUCACAGCAUGGACGCCUGGACAUCAUGUUCAACAAUGCUGGCAUAGCAUGCACCACUCCUGCCAGCAUCGUUGACCUGGACUUGGACCGGUUUGACCGCGUCAUGGCCAUCAAUGUCCGGGGAGUCGUGGCGGGAAUCAAGCACGCAUCCCGAGUCAUGAUCCCGAACAGAGCCGGCUCAAUCCUGUGCACUGCCAGUGUCGUCGGGAUACUUGGAGGGAUGGCCCAGCUCACCUACUCCUUGUCAAAGUCUUCUGUGAUUGGAAUAGUAAGGUCAGCUUCACCAGAGCUCGGCAGGCACGGGAUUAGGAUCAACUGCAUAUCUCCUUUUGCGAUCCCGACCCGGCUUGUAAUGGAUGAAAUGAACCAUCACUACACCGGGGUCGGGAAUCAACGGAUCGUCGAUAUUAUCCAUGGUGCUGGCGCUUUGGAGGGGACGAGCUGUGAGCCCAUCGAUAUAGCCAAUGCAGCGCUCUACCUUGCUUCGGAUGGUGCGAAGUAUGUGAGCGGGCAUAAUUUAGUGGUCGACGGAGGAUUUACAGUAUUCAAAAGUCUAGGUUUCCCCGCACCAGACCAAGUGAAUUGAGAACUCUUCUAAUCUGAACGCAAUUUGCAAGAGACUCGACCUUCUCAAUCGCAACUGUACAGAGUUUUCAACACUCUACACAAGGUGAAAAUUCAAUAAAUUUAGCCAAAUAAUCGAGGAUACUUGUCGUGGA